AUGGUUAAGAGGAAGUCUGAUAAUGUCGAAGGGGCCAAAACCAAAGUGCCGAAGGUGGAAACAUCUGAAGACAACUCAGGAAUCAAACUAGAUACCGAAAAUAAUCACAAUGGUCAUAUUAUUGAGGAUCUAACUUCCACCAAUACAGGACAAGAUGACGACAAUAGCCAAGAGGAAGAUUCCAGUGGUAAUGAGGAUACAGUUGACCGAUCGGGCCCCCCAAAGAAGCAGAAAUCUCAACUCACUGCUCAAGACAUACAAGUAGCACGAGAGACAGCAGAACUUUUCAAAUCGAACAUUUUCAAACUUCAAAUUGACGAGCUUAUGAAGGAAGUAAAGGUCAAGAAAAGUCACGAGGAAGUUAUGGAGAAAGUGUUGCAUAGGUUGCAUGACUUGAUAAAGGAGAUUCCCUCAGCUGAAAAUUUAUCCUUGCAAGAAGCAGAAGGGUUAUUCAAUCAUAAAAGGGUGGCCAUACCUUUCCCCGAUCCAAAGCCCACAAAUGUGAAGUACUCAUUUUCAUAUGGGCCACCAGAGGAUUUGUCGCUAGUUGGUUCGUAUGGGUUAAAAACGGGUAUCAGUCAGGGUCUGUCAAUCGAUGUGGCUUUAACAAUGCCGAGAUCCAUUUUUCAGCCAAAGGACUAUUUGAAUUACAGAGCUUUGCACAAAAGAGCGUUUUACCUCGCCUAUCUAGCAGACCAUUUGAUCCCAUUGACAAAAAAGAAUAACCUUCCAGUCAAGAUCACAUACACUUAUUUCAAUGAUGAUGUGUUGUGUCCUAUUUUGCAUAUUGAAAGUAUCCAAACUGAAAACCCAGAUGAUCUUAUCUUUUUCAAGACAAGGUACAAAAUUAAUUUAAUUCCAGCUUUCCCGUUCACGGUUUUUGAGUCGAAGAAACUACUUCCGGAUAAAAAUUGUAUUAGAAUACAAUCAGAAAGUGAAGAAUUGCCCCCGACACCAUUAUACAACUCAAGUAUCCUAAUGCAAUCAUCAUAUGACUACUAUCUCAAAUUUUUGUACUCCAUGAAAAAGUCUACCGAGUCAUUCAAAGACGCAUGUAUUUUAGGAAGGUUGUGGUUGCAACAAAGAGGAUUCAACUCGACUUUCAGUGGCGGUGGUUUUGGACAUUUUGAAUUUGCUAUUUUAUUGAGCGCGUUGCUUCAUGGUGGGGGUUUGAAUGGAAAUAAGAUCUUGUUGUCUGGAUUCUCAUCCUAUCAAUUAUUCAAAGGUGCAGUUAAGUAUCUAGCCACUAUGGACCUCAAUUCGGGGUAUUUGUCAUUUUCAUCUGAGAUAGGUGAGUUUGUCCCAGCCAAAUACAAGCCUGAAGGGUUCAAUGUACCUACGCUUUUUGACAAAAAUACCAAGAUAAAUAUUUUGUGGAAAAUGACACCGGCUUCCUAUGAAGAAUUGAAAAGUAAAGCAAUUCAGACGUUAGACUUAUUAAAUGACGUUGUCAAAGACAGAUUUGACCCAAUAUUGCUUCAAAAAUCAAAUGUUGAUUUUCUAAAGUUUGACAUACUUUUGUCGAUGACCAUUGAUGAAAGCUCGAUAGAAACAUUUGGACCGUUAGAAAAGAUAAGAUUCAUUACCUUUGACAACUACAUAAAGAGUAGGUUUUAUAAUCUCAUGAAAAAAGCAUUGGGUGAUAGAGUUACCAUUGUCAGUGUUUGGAAGGAUAAAGUCAAACGUUAUUUUUCAAUUCAUAAAAGGAAGCCCACAAACCCGGCCAAUAAUUGGGUCAUCGGCUUACAAUUGAAUCCCGAUGAGUGUGAUAAGGUUGUUACUAAGGGUCCUGAUAAUGAAGAAAAGGAAAAAGGAGCCGCCUUUAGGUCAUUCUGGGGUUCAAAGGCUUCUUUAAGGCGAUUCAAAGAUGGAUCUGUUCAGCAUUGUGUGGUUUGGAAUGUGAGUGACAGAGAGCCUUUAGUAGUUUCAAUCAUCAAAUAUGCCAUGGACGUGCAUGUACUGACUGAAGUUGCGCAAUCGAUUCACACAGAGUGUGGUUUGUACGAAAAGAAGCUCCCACUCUCCUUGCUAUCAACAACAUCAAAUCAGGUUUCACACUCCUUGUCAAGCUAUACGAUUUUGCGAAAUUCAUUUGAUAAUAUGACUAAAGCUUUGAUCAAUCUAAAUUUGCCUUUAAGCAUCAAAUCGGUAUUGCCAACAUCGUCAUCGUUGAGGUACGCGUCAUUACUACAGCCAGUUCCGUUUGCAGUUUCGAAUCCUGACUACUGGAAUGACUGCGUGAUCCAGUUUGAAAUAUCAACCAGAUGGCCAGAUGAGUUGAAAGCUUUGGAGAAAACCAAAACUGCACUCUUGCUAAAGGUUUCUGAGAUGUUGAGAACCACUGAGUACAGCACUUUUAUCACGCUGGAUGACUCAAUACCUUUUAAUGAGGACGUUUGCUUGUUGAAUAUUUUGACUCCAGAAGGCUUCGGUUUCAGACUUAGAGUGCUUACUGAACGAGAUGAAGUAUUGUAUCUCAGAGCUGUGAGCAAUGCUGAUAAACAAAAGCCGAUUGCACAAGAUGUCUAUGUGAAGUUCAUCCAGAAGUAUCAGGCGUCGUCGAAACAUACACGAACAAUUACUCAAUUAGCACAGCACUUUCCAUACUACUCGCCCACUGUUAGAUUGGUGAAGCAAUGGCUAGACUCUCAAUUACUUUCAAGCCAUUUUAAUGAUGAGUUGGUGGAAUUGAUAACCUUAAAGCCGUUUGUUGAUCCAGCCCCAUAUUCUAUUCCUCAUUCAGUAGAGAAUGGAUUUUUGCAGGUACUUUUCUUCUUGGCUAAUUGGAAUUGGAGAGACACGCCUCUCAUAUUGGAUGUUGUCAAAAGCACUGCUGAAGCUGACUCCACGUUAAGUGAUAGGUUGACGAUCCAGGCUUAUAGGGUUAUCGAGCAAAACUUCAACAAAAUCAGAGGAGCAGAUCCAACGGGAAUCAAAACCCAGUUCUUUGUUGGUUCAAAAGAUGACCCGUCUGGAAUUUUGUGGUCGAGCAAUCUCACUUUGCCUAUUGCAGCUAGAUUAACAGCACUUGCGAGAGCAGCAACUACAUUAUUGGCUUCUCGGGGUAACAACGAAAGCUUUUUAGACUUGAUAUUCACUCCUGCAUUGAAAGAUUACGAUUUUGUCUUGGAGGUGAAAUCGCAAAACCUCACCACUUCCUCUGGAAUUUUACCCACAAAUGCAUUUAAGAAUUUGGUUGAGCCCUUGACCUCAUACCCGGACGACAUUUCAUCCAAGCGUGAUUUCAUACAAGCCUUUUAUAUGGAUUUGGAAAAGAAAUUUGGGAAUGCCAUCAUAUUCUCUACGCGAAAGUUUACCGGUUUGUGCAAGGACAACAAGAACGUAAUUGGAGGGUUGUUUGUUCCCUCAAACUUGUCAAAAAAGAAAUUCAGAACCAAUUUGGGUAUCAAUGUGAAACCCGAUGGGGAUAAGGAAGAAGUAAUUUUGAAUAAGGAGGCGAUUUUUGAUCAAAUGAAAUUGCUAGGCCAGGGUUUAGAUAUAAACUUCACGUCGGAGAAGUAA